AGAUAAAAUGAGUUUAGUAGAACAGCCUGAUAAACUUCAGAGAUCAGAAUUAUUUGCAGAAAUUAAGAGCAUAGAAGCUGUGACUGAUGAUAAACGAAUAUUAAAGCAUAUAAUGAUUGAUAUUCUUAACCUGAGGAAUGGAAUGGAAGAUAACCUACUCCUAAUCCAACAAAUCAACCUGAUGAUACAGAAGGAAGGAGAGGAGCAGAAGGGAUUUGAUGAUGUGAUCCAUAACGCCAAGCAACAUAUUGACUCCAUUAACACAGUGUAUAUACUGGGAGUAUCUUGGCUUAAAGAUGAAAUAGCUUUUGCUUUGAGAUUUGUCCAAGAAUCAAUGAUGGAUAAAACAGAUGAAGAAGACAACAAAUAUCAGCAUAAAACUGAAGAACUGUUUGAUGACAAUAAUGAAGAACUAUUGGAUGAUAAUGAUGAUAUUAAGCUAGAGGUUGAAGAUAUUGACUUCAGUAUGAACCAGGGGCAGGUCAAUCACUGUUUUAAAGAAGAAACGGGAGAAAUGGAAACAUCAAGAGAGACUGUGAUUCACAGGGUCUAUUCCAGCACUAAAGAAGAAGAAAAAGAACAAGACAAAGAGCUAUUUAGUCUGGCCUGUACUCAUUGUAAUUUUGUAACAACUUCAAUGCAUUUAUUGAACAAACACAGAAACAGCUUGCACCCCACAGACCUUAAUUCAUGUGACCAAUGUAUCUAUAUUGGGGAAUCAUCACUUGAAGUUAAAAUUCAUAAAUCGCGACAGCAUGGGCUCAAUUCAUUUUCUUGUGAUGAUUGUGAUUAUGUUUCAGUUAAGCUUCAACUUUUAAAAGAGCAUAUAAAUCGUAAGCACUCGGAAAUCAAAUCCCUUUGCGAUCAGUGCGAUUAUUCUGGGACAAAAAGGGCUGUAAAUCAGCAUAGAAAAAUAUGGCAUGAAGGGGUUAGAUAUCCAUGUAAUCAAUGUGAUUUUAAAGCAACUUUACCGUUUAAUCUUGUUAAGCACAUUAGAAUAAAGCACAAGGGUAUCAAAUACUCUUGUGAUCAAUGCCCAUCACUAUUUACAUCAGAAUCAAACUUAAAAAGACACAUAGCAAGUGUUCAUGAAGGUCAGCGAUUACUUUGCGAUCAGUGUGAUUACACUGCCAGUCAACAAUCUGAACUCAAGAAUCACAUUGACGGAGUGCAUAAAGGUUUAACAUAUCCUUGUAAUCUAUGUGAUUAUGUCGGAACGUUAGCCAGUAAUCUAAGAGCCCAUAAACGACUGAAACAUAGUGAUCUUAAUGUUUCCGUGAACAAGCGUCAGAAAACAGAUUUUCCUUCUGAUGUUCAUAAAUGUGAUCAAUGCAUGCAUGUAGCUAAAUCAAAAGGAAAUUUAAAACUACACAAAAGAAGAGCUCAUGGAAUUAAAGAUAUCCCUACUGAAGAAGAUUUAGAUAAUCUUUGUGAUCAAUGUGGACUCGUAGCAAGCAACAAGGGGAGCUUAAAUACGCAUAAAAAGAAUGUUCAUGAAAAAUCAAAAAUGUUCAUGUGCGACCAAUGUGAAUUUACAACUUAUAAUACAACGUCCUUUAAAUCCCACAAGGAGCUUCAUGACGGUAUAGAACACAAGUGUGAUGAAUGCUCUUAUGUUUGUAAAAGAAAACAAUUUUUAAAGAAACACAAACAAAUAAAACAUGAAGGUGUGAAGUUUCCGUGUGAUUUAUGUGAAUAUGCUGCACAAGAUUUUGCGCAUUUGAGAACACACAAAGAAGCAGUUCAUCUUGGAGUUAAAUACCAGUGUGAUGAGUGUGAGUUCGCAGCAACAACCAACGGAACUUUGAAGCAGCACAAACUGAGCAAGCAUGACGACACAAAACAUCCUUGCAGCCAAUGUGAAUAUGUCGGGUCAACUCUUGUCAAUUUAAGAAAGCAUUUUAAGAAAAGACAUGAAUAAUAUAAAAGCUAAAUUGUUAUAAAAAAAAUUUAAACAUGAUGAAAAUCCAAAUUUAAAGUAAUUGGAUUUUCAUUUAACACUUAAAUGUUUUCAGAUUUCAAUGGAUUUAAUGUUAGAGAAUAAAAUGAUUUUCAUCAAAAGAAUAUACCUCUACAAUGCCAAUAAGGAAAGGAAAUAAAAAUAAAUUUUUAUUUUUUAUUUUAACACCGCUUUUAACUUAACAGCCAGCUAUGCGUAAUUUGUGAAAAAAGAUUUCGCGGUUUACUGUAUUUUAAUCACAAUGUGAUCAGUGUGAAUAUGUUGGGUCCAAGCAUCAAGUAAACACACACAAGAGAAUCAAGCAUGAAUUGGACUGUUUCCAUGUGAUCAGUGCGAGAAUAAAUCAACAAAAACGGGUCUUAUUUAAAGCUACACAAAGAGAGUAAACGUUUCCAAGAUUCCAAAUUCAUUUUGUGAAUAUGUUGCCACUUCACAAUUUAAGGAAGCAUAUCAAAAGUAAAAAUUAUCAGAACUAAAGGAUUCCUAAAGUAUUUCCAACGAUUUUUGAUGUGUUUGUGAGUUUACAUUUUGAAAUACUUUCAGA